CGGAGCUAUGGCGGCCGCGCGGGACCAGGACGUGUUUUUGGGCUUUGACUUCAGCACGCAGCAGUUGAAGGUUCUGGCCCUGGACUCGAAGCUGCAGGUUCUUCUUGAGGAUCAUGUCCAGUUCGACUCGGACCUUCCUGAGUUCAGGACUCAGGGCGGCGUCCACCUGCACGAAGAUCGACUCACAGUCACCUCCCCGGUCCUGAUGUGGGUCCAGGCUCUGGACAAACUGUUGAACAAAAUGAAAUCUUCGGGAUUUGACUUUUCCAGAGUGAGAGCUCUGUCAGGCAGCGGACAGCAGCACGGCAGUGUGUUCUGGAGGAAAGGAUCCGCUGAGACCCUCAAGAGUCUGGACCCGGACUUGGAACUGUCCCAGAUCCUCAAGAGUUUGGAUCAGAGUCUGAGCUCGUUCCUCCAGAGUCUCCAAAGCUCCUCCAGAUCUCAGAGAAUCCACCGUGCAGUAGAAGGUGCGGGUGCGGUCGGGGCAGGUGCGGUCCUGGCGGAGACUCGGGAGUGCGUGUUCUACAACGUGAACUUCGAGCUGGAGCAGACGAACCGCAGCGGCGUGGAGCGCUGCGACGGCGAGGAGGACAAACGCUCGCACUGCUACGCCUCCUGGAGGAACAACACCGGGAACAUCGAACUCGUCAAGAAAGGAUGCUGGCUCGACGACUUCAACUGCUACGACAGACAGGAGUGUGUAGCGACUGAAGAUUCUCCUCAGGUUUUCUUUUGCUGCUGUGAAGGAAACUUCUGCAACGAGAAGUUCACCCACCUCCCCGACCCGCCCAGCCCACCUCGUCCUGCGUCGGUGGGGCUGCUCAAGUUGUUGUUGUUGUGUUUGGUUCCGGUUCUGCUGCUCUGUGUGGUUCUGCUCACGGCCGUGUGGAUGUACCGACACCGAAAACCCCCCUACGGACACGUGGACGUCAUGGAGGAUCCGGCCCCGCCCCCCUCGCCGCUGCUCGGACUCAAACCGCUGCAGUUACUGGAGGUGAAGGCCAGGGGGCGCUUCGGCUGCGUGUGGAGAGCCCAGAUGAUCAACGAGUACGUGGCCGUCAAGAUCUUCCCCAUCCAGAACAAAGCCUCGUGGGAGAACGAGCAUCAGAUCUUCUCGACUCCGGGUCUGAGACACGAGAACAUCCUGAGGUUUGUGGGAGCAGAGAGACGAGGAGGCCCCCUGGACGCAGAACUCUGGCUCAUCACCGAGUUUCACCAGCGGGGUUCUCUGUGUGACUUCUUAAAGGGGAGUGUGGUGAGUUGGUCUGAGUUGUGCGUCAUCGCUGAGUCCAUGUCCCGAGGUCUCGCCUUCCUCCACGAAGACCUGCCCCGGACCAAGGACGGACCCAAACCCGCCAUCGCCCACAGGGACUUUAAGAGUAAGAACGUGAUGCUGCGCUCGGACCUCACCGCUGUGAUCGGAGACUUCGGUUUGGCGGUUCUGUUUGAGCCCGGGAUUCCUCCUGGAGAAACGCACGGACAGGUGGGCACGCGGCGGUACAUGGCCCCGGAGGUUCUGGAAGGAGCCAUAAACUUCCAGAGAGACUCGUUCCUCAGAAUCGACAUGUACGCGCUCGGCCUCGUGCUGUGGGAGCUCGUGUCCCGCUGCAAGGCCGCCGACGGUCCUGUGGACGAGUACCUGCUCCCGUUUGAGGAGGAGGUGGGGCAGCAUCCGUCUCUGGAGGAUCUUCAGGAGAUCGUGGUCCACAAGAAACUCAGACCAGCCUUCAAAGAGCAGUGGCUCAAACACACGGGUCUGGCGCAGCUGUGUGAGACGGUGGAGGAGUGCUGGGACCACGACGCCGAGGCUCGUCUUUCCGCCGGAUGCGUCGAGGAGCGAAUCUGCCAGAUCCGCGUCACUUCCUGUUCAGACCACGCCCCCCUGCUCGUCUCCACGGUGACCAACAACGACCUCCCGCCCAAAGAGUCCAGUAUAUGAACCCGAACGAGAUUACGGCGCGAUUUUUAAACACAUUUCUGAUUUUUAUUUUUGAAGAAAACUCAUCAGCUACAACUUCAACAUGUUUCUCAGAGGAUUUUUACAUUUUCAACCAUUUUCAGAACAUUUCAGCCAAAAUGCACACUCAC